AGAACUCUCAGCUCCAGCACCAAGUCAGCCUCUCUGCUGCCUUGCUUCCCUCCAUAAUGGACUGAACAUCUGAAACUGUCAGCUGCAGCCUCAACCCAAACCUCCUGAUCUCCUGGCACUAUGGUUCGCUACCGAAUGAGGAGCCCCAGUGAGGGUCAGCACCAGGGACCUGGGCAAGACCAUGAGCGCGAGGAGCAGGGGCAGGGGCAAGAGCUGAGCCCAGAGCGCGUGGAGGACUAUGGGAGGGGCCACCACCACAGACACAGGCGCUGCAAAAGGCUUCACAGAAUCCACAAGAGGCGCCGGUCAUGCAGAAGGCGGAGGAGACACUCCUGCCACCACAGGAGGCGGCAUCGCAGAGGCUGCAGAAGAUCCCGAAGGAGGAGGAGCUGCAGGUGCAGGAAAUGCUGGUGGCACUAUUACUAA